CCACAACUCAGCUCAUCAUCGGCCUGCUCGAGUUGAUCGAAUCUAUCUGAUAGCGCAGCAUCAACAUCCAUUGUUGCCACAUACGUUGCGCGGCCUGGAGAAGGCAGCAGUGAGCGAUACGUGUGCAGCCGUCCUCACCCUUUCCUCUCGUGUGGACUGCCUCCUCAACCAAACACCACCAUCUCAAGCUUGACCCUCCACAACAAUUAUGGCGCCUGCAUCGGCCACAGAAGCAUCGUACCGCAAGGACGAGAAGGUUUUCUGCUUCCAUCAUGAGUUGCUCUAUGAGGCCAAGGUCAUUGAUGUGAAGCCCAGCGAGGGAGAUGACAAGAAGACUGGCUUCCAGUACAAGAUCCACUACAAAGGGUGGAAGAACACCUGGGAUGACUGGGUGCCCGAAGAUCGUCUUCGCAAACUCAGUCCUGAAAAUCGAGAGAUGGCAAACCAGCUGAGGCACGAGAUGCUUCAAGCUCAGCGUGCCGCUCGGGCGCAACCACAACCCGUUAAGAAGAAGGCUCAAGGCUCUACUCGCGGGAGUGAAGAGCGCCAAACGUCUGUCUCCGCUGCACCUCGUGGUCAGAAACGCAUGCGUGACCACGAUCUCGAGAAGGAAGAAGUCUUCCAAAACAAGCGCGCUGUGCGUAUCUAUAUGCCAGACCGGUUGAAGAGCCUUCUCGUCGAUGACUGGGAGAACAUCACCAAAAACCUGCAGCUCGUUCAGUUGCCAUCCAGCAAGCCAGCUGCUGUCAUCUUGGACGAGUACUUUGCAUUUGCUACCUCGACAGGGAACCGCAACAGCACCGAAACGGACAUCUUGGAAGAGGUAAUCCAAGGCCUGAAAGAGUACUUCAACAAGAGUCUGGGUAGACUCUUACUCUACCGCUUUGAGCGUGAACAGUUCUACGACAUCUCGACGCAGCUCGAGCAGCCAACGAAUGACCUGGCCGGGAAGUCGAUGUCCGAGAUUUAUGGCGGCGAGCAUCUUUUGCGCCUCUUCGUGUCGAUGCCUGAGCUCAUCGCCCAGACCAACAUGGAUAUCCAAGCUGUCAACCGUCUCCGCGAGGAGCUCAGUGGCAUGACGACAUGGCUCUCCAAGGAGCCUCAAGUCAAUGCUUUCUUUUCUUCCGUGUACGAGAGCCCAGGGCAGGCGUACAUCGACAAGGUGAAGAGCAGCACCUAAGCCUGUUGCUUCCCGCGCGUUCUGUCUUCGUAUCUGUAUCAUCACUUCUGCAUAGGUUGGAUACGGCGCUUUCGGUUACUUGGCACUCGACAUGCGGCCUGCUCGGCUACAAGCCAAGCUACGGCGUCCGGCGCAAUGCAUGUUACAUCUUCU